AUGAGGACUACCAAGAGUCAGCUGAAUCCAGAUGUGGAAGGUCUCGGAAUUGCGUUCAUUGCCAAGGCAGCUGCACCCACGUUGGCGGCUGUGCCUUCGGCUGAGCUGCCUGCUUCCGUUUCGGCUCUGUCGGCCGGUUACCAGAAAUUGUACAAGAAGCUACCGGAGUGGAUUAAACGAUUCGUGAUCCGCGAGCUCAAGAAGAACAAGGUUGCGAAAGCUCCGCGUUCCAAGGCGGAAGUGAAGAACAUCUUUCUCAGAGCGAUCCAGUUGAUGAGGCAACGUCGGGUUCAAACUUUCGAUGCCCCCCGCUGGCGGGUCGGCCCCGUAUGGGGAGGCGGUGUGUAUGCUGGUCCCACAUGGGGAGCUGGCUCGACGUAUGGCGCUCGUCCAAUGUAUGCGGCAGGCCCCAUGUAUGCGACAGGCCCCAUGUAUGCGACAGGCCCCAUGUAUGCGGCAGGCCCCAUGUAUGCGGCAGGCCCCAUGUAUGCGGCAGGCCCCAUGAGAGGUCCGAUGGGUGCAGGCCAAAUGUCAAAUUGCGGGUCGUGGCAGAAUCGAUCGCUUGGGCCGAGCCAAGGGGGCGGGCUAGGGAGUUCACGGCUGCCGGAGGCUUACCAGUCUUUGGUCCGCUCGGAGGAAAAAGCAAGAAGGGACGAAGUAAACCCUGCCAGCAAAUCCACCAUUGGUGAGGUCAACUCCUCUCGAGAAACGCUGCAGCCUUCCGUCGAAGGUUUGAGCCAGCCAGGUCUAGGAGCGGUAUCGUCAGCCACUCUGUCUUCAGCUACGGUAUUUGCGACGAAGGGUCCCAAACAGCAGGCGGAGCUGAAGGAGCCGCUGGGAACUAUCCAGCGGCCGGAAAGCGAAGUGGAGAAUUCGGUCACUGAGGCGGCCGGAAGGGAUCACCCGGCGAAAGGCCAGCAAGAGGUCGCGGAAACACUGGCGAUGACGGACACUGAAGGUCAAGUAGAAACUGUGCAAACUCAGUUCAGGAGCAACGUACAGUCCAAUAGUUACAUUGAAUCGAGUACAUCCAAAAACCGUUAUUCACCGAUGUUUGAGUCGCUUCUGGCAGGUAGCUCACCACCGUUGAACUCCGAGGGGACGACCACCGAACCGUCGACGUUGAUUUCGGGAGGUCCAGGGAGCCUGGUUGGCCAUCGGCGUGUCAGUGAGUCCUCGGAAUUGGGCGGUUGCCAAAUUCCUGUCAAUCCCGAUGCUCGAUGGCGUCAGAAUUUAUCCGGCCGUCCUGACCUGGACUCUCCUGGCCUGGACUCUCCUGGCCUGGACUCUCCUGGCCUGGACUCUCCUGACCUGGACUCUCCUGGCCUGGACUCUCCUGGCCUGGACUCUCCUGGCCUGGACUCUCCUGGCCUGGGCCGUGAUCUAGACGGACCUGACCUGCAUGGAACGCUGAACUUGAACACUGGGCAGAACCUAAGCAGCGAUAAUAAUCUAGCUACUGGUCGAAUUCUAGCUGGAUCGGAAAAACAGCUUGGCCGACAAGAGCUGGCUCGGACUCCUUCCCCGACUACUCCUUCCCCAGUUAGUGAAAUUCCCGUUGGAAUCGUUGCGGCCGCCAAGAGGUCACUUCUGGAACAGCGGAACGGGACAGCAAACCAGAAACAAGAUCGAAUGGGCGGACACGGCGCAAAUGGAGACCAAGCAGAAAAUUUCGGAAUAUCCGAAAAUCGAUCUUCAACGAAGGAAAAGCUCUGGACAAGAACGCCCGUGGACGUACAGGAUAAAAACAUCGAAGCCCGGGCACUGAGUUCUGAGGCAAUCACGGAGAACUUGACAGGCCGUCAUGAUCUAAGUGGUUACCGGCAUUUUGGCGAUGAGCAUUUUGGCGACAAGCAUUUCGGUGAUUUAGCGAAUUUUCAGGCCGCCGCGUUGCGCCAGAGUUUGUCGGGCCGUCCAAAUAAAACGCCGGACCUAAAUGGUCGACAGAACUUGGGUGGUCGACAGGACCUGGAUAGUCGACAGAACUUGGAUGACUCAGAGAGUCAAUCGUUAACUCCGCUUGAAAUAGUUGGUGCCGCGAAGAGAACACUUGUAGAACGGCAGGGGACAGCGUCGCUGAACCAAGAGUCAGUUAGAGUGAGUCUGCCGCCAGCGCAAAAUAAGAAGCGAGCCACCAGCCAUUUAAAGGGGGCGAGAAAGGUCGGACCGAAGCCAGUAGGACGUUCAAAGAAGUCCGUAAGUUUUUCGUCGAAGGAGAGCAGCCUACUGGGAUCCACCAGAAUGUCGGAGAGACAGACGAGCGAUGCAGAUUCUCAGAUCCUCAGCGACAAUCCAGAAAACCUGGACGGCCCUGCGAUUCGAUCCUCGCUACUGGUCGAUUCAAAAUGGCGUAAGACAAAUGUACCACCCAUUGGACUAGUUGAAGCCGCGAAGAGAUCACUCGGGAACCUGAAGCUAGCGGGAGUGGGCCUGAGGAAGGCGGAGGUUGGCUCGAGGCAAGUAAAAAAAGUGGCCGAACACUCACCGGAAAUAUCCUUACAGAAUGGGGCCAAAUCGGACACAGCAAGACGGGGAGCGACAAACUUGAAGGAGGGUCUGCCUAGAUUGAAGCAAUACUUACCGGAAGCGACAAACCUGAUGGAGGACCCCCCUAGAUUGCAGCGAUACUUACAGGAGGAAACGAGGGCAGAGACCCUCCCGGAAAAGGGGGUGUCAACGGACCUAGAAACGACUACCGACACGGAAACUAAUGUUGAGGCAAAGAAUGGAGCGCAAAUUGAAACUCAGAUAAAAGAACUCAUGGACAAGAAAACUGCAAGGCACGUAGAGAUACAGACUGACACAAAGACGAUUCGGGAUCAUAAGGUGCACAAACCGGGAAAUCUCCAACACUCAAAAAGUAGUCGACCAUCAGCCCCUCGCCCCAAUACGAAACCACCGAGUGCUCCCCUGCGGGUCGUUGCUGCGGAUGCUGGACCUGAAAUUGGCAGUGCACAGGACGAGUCCGCAGAGAGUCCAUGGCCACGCCCACCGAGCCCUCUACAGGAUGUCUUUGCUCUGAAUGUCAAGGACGAAAUCGUCCACGAACUGGACGGGCCGGCAAAGAGUCCAUGGCCACGCCCACCGAGCCCUCUACAGGAUAUCUUUGCUUCUGAAUGUCAAGG